UAAGGCAGCAAAGGCUGCAUAUAAAGUACAAUACAAAAGAUAUGCCACUCGUACUUUCUCAAUAACAUUGACACAGAAAUGCCUAAUGCACACAUGUUGCCUGAUUUUUAAAAUAAAUAUAUUUUUGUAUUCCUGAAAUACACGUGUUCAUGGGACAUUCUCAUCAAAAAUCCAAUUACAAUGGCGUUAACACUGCAGGAGUAUACUUACUCUUUAGAUCCAAAGACCCUUCCUAGAAUAAUACAGAUUCAAUCUGGGAUCUAUUUUCAAGGUUCUGUGUAUGAGAUGUUUGGGAAUGAAUGUUGUCUUCCUACUGGUGAAGUGAUAAAGAUUAUAGGCUUAAACAUCUCAAAAUUAUCAGCAGAGAUACAGAAAGAUGGUCUAGACAGCAGUUGUAUUGAGCUACCUCUAGACUACCCAGGUCUUUUCAGGAUUGUAGCAGACAAUGAGGCUUACGUUUCCAUUGGUGAUAUUGUAAAGUCGUUGCAUAUACCAAAUAAGCUGGGUCAGCCUGUCUUUAAGAGUACUGUGGACAUUAUACUGAGCAAUGAUACAAUACAACAAGGAGAGGCUAUCAUGUUCACAUCUCUGGGGGAGGGAAACUCUGAGCAGUUUGUGAACAUUGAAGUUAUGAGGAGCGAUAAAAAGCACACCUUUACACUACCACUGUCCCAGCAAGGGGAGUUUUAUGAAUGUGAAGAUGACCAGUUUUAUACACUGAAGGAGAUAAUAGAAUGGAAGUUGCCCAAAAACAGAAAGCGAGCUGUGAACUUGGCAAAGACCUCAGCCAAUAAGGAAUUUACAUUCUGUGACCUUCCUGAGAAUUUCAAAGGAGAACUGAUUCUUACACCUGUUUAUGAACUACAAGCAGUUAUGAAGUUUCGCAAGGAUAUUGUGCACAUACCAUCCAGCCUUGAUGUUGAGGUGAUAGAUGUUACAGAUAAGUAUGACAUCAACUCCUUUGUGCAGCCUUUGUCAGUCAACGACAUCUUUAACAGACCUAGUAGCAACUUUCCUAUUGUGGCUGAAAUAAUAGAAGGGCCUGAGCAAAUGGUAGAAAGUUUGAAGUUCCUCAAAUCUUGCAAGGAGGUUAUCAUUCACCAGGCCUUCCAAGCCAAGAGAAUUCUGGCAUCUGAGAUAAGGAGUGAUGCUCAAAAGCAUUUCUUGAUUCCCUGCACCUACAAUGGGAAGUUCAAAAGAAGGCCACGUGAAUUUCCAACUGCAUAUGACUUGGAAAUUGCCAAGAGUGACAAAGAACCGUUACAUGUUGUGGCAACCAAAGCUUUUGAAUCUCACUAUGAAGGGUUGUCCACUGUGUUUGUUGGCGACCAGUUCCUAGUCCAGCAUCGUAAAACCAGUGAGGUAAUCUAUGGCGGGACCCGGAAGACAGUGGAAGCUCUGGCCUGUGAGAAAAUUGAAGGCAAAGGCCAUGAGCCUGUGCUAAUCCCCAUGUGUAUGGAAGGAGGCUUUGUGGAAGUGAUACAUGAUAAAAAGCAAUACCACAUCUCUGAGAUCUGCCAGAAGUUCCUCUUACCCUUCAAUGUUAAAGUGGCAGUACGUGACCUUUCUAUUGGAGAGGACAUUUUAGCUACCAUGCUUGGGCUGCAUCUGGAAGAGGAAAUCACUGAACCUUGCCUUCUCAUUACCCCUCUAAAAAACCUGUCUGAGUGCUGGGAAAUUCCAGUGAAUAGGAUCAAAAUGUCUCUCCAGCUGCUACAUAGACCAGAUAAAGGUACUGCACCUCCUCCUGUGAAAACAGUGGUGGAAGAGAUCAAUGAAGAUUGCUACUACACCCUGCGGAGGUAUGUGAACGCCACCCUGCAUCCUCCUCCACGUCCUCCAAAGAAACCCCUGCAGCCACCUUCCAAAUCAUUUAAGCUUGAAGCCUCCCAGCCAAAGAGACCUGAUGCUUCUGGCUCACCAAAGAGUCCUCAUAUAAAUACCCAGAAGCCAUUUAAGUCCAUCAAAGUAGUCUCCCCAGAGCUGCAGAAUGCCAUGCCAGAAUGUGAGUUUGAAAAUAUAACAGCGACAGAAAGCAACUUGCAAAAAGCUAGCUCAGAACAAUUGACGAACGAAGGAGAAGAUGGUGAUGAUGAUGGACAUGACUAUGAAUACAUUGAUAAGGAUGAAGUUGAGGACAUGAGAUCAACGUUCCAGGAAGGAUAUAUUGAGAACAAAACAAACUGCUAGGAAAAGACAGGUAACCAGUAUAAAUAACAUGUGUGAAAGGUUAGAAGUGAAGUGCUAGCUAGUAUUUCUGACUGAGAAAUCUUUUUUUUCAUAAUCAAUUUGAAAUACAAAAAAUGUUCUAAAAUAUUUCACAUAUAAAAGUUCUGUGAACACCUACUGUAGAUGUGAAUCUGCUAAAGAUUAUCAAAUGUCAAUCUAUAAAGGGUGUCUGUGUUGCUAUUGAAAUGUACUGUACCCUUUAAAAAAGUUUACUAUGGUAAAAGUAUAAGUGGAAUUACCCAUUAUGAAAGCAUGGAAAAGCAUUGGGAAGAAUCAUAUACAGGUAUGGCAAAGUAUAAUAAUGAACAUGGUAAACUAUAGUAAAUUCAUAGUAUAACAAUGGGAAAGGCAUGGGAAAGCUGUAACAUGACUGCAAAUUAAUUGUAGUAAGCUUUUGUAAGGGACAGUAUAUCAGAUUUGCCACAACUAGCAUUCAAAUUAGUUCAGACAGUUAUUCAAAUUGUAGGCAACUUUGUGUCAUUUUAGAAUUGUGUUUUUGUGUAUUCGUAAAUUAUUCAGGCAUUUGUGAUCUUAGUCACGUUAUUCUUAUUGUCAGCUCUAGACUGUUAUAGAUUUGUACCAAAUCUCAGGACACUGAUCAUAAAAUAAAUUAUUAUUUGAUUCUCUUUUUUUCUUUAAAUGUAUAUUUAUACUGUAUGCAGGUUGAUGAGAUAAAUCAUUAUUUUGCAACCAUCCAUCUGUCAAUAACUUCUUACCACAUUCAUUUGAACACACUCUACAAACAAAUAGAUGCGGGUACAUUGUAUGAUGUAUGAUUUUUUUUUUUUUUGCUUUUUGUUAAAAUCUUGCCUGUCAUGCGUUUCCAGUAUUCUUAGCUUUAAAAAAUAAUAUCUGCUGUCAUGCUAGGUUAAAGAAAACAUGUGCAUGCAUGCUUUACUUUCAGAUAAUCUUGACCUUCUUGAGAACCUAGACAUUCUCCUCAUCCCUUUAGUGGCUUAUUUUCAGUCACCAACCAACCAGCUGUUUCCCCUACUCACUGACAUGCUUGGUCAGGUGAAAUGUCUUAGGAAGUGAAACAGUAACAGACUACCUGAAAGUAAGACAUACAAACUGAGUUUUCCUAACUUAUUUUUCUAAAUAAAAUUAAGUUUGACCGAUAGCUAACUUCAUAUUGCAUUUUUGUUCAAGUAUGGCAUACAAAUGGUCAGUAAAAAAUAGUAUCUUAUUUCAAAAUUGCAUCCUCUGAUGUGUUUUGUUUUGAUUCCAGUAUGAACUACAGUAUUAAAUAUUUUACUUCUAAUAUAAUAAGCAUAAUCCACUCAAAAAUAACAUUCUCACAACAUCUUGGCUAAUUCUGUGGUAAUUUAUUCAAGUAUCAUGUUAUUGCCUCGUACAUUCGUUAGAUCCAGUGGUCCCUAUCCCUAUUUUCCAGUGAUUUGUCCAUGUUAACCUGACUAUUAUUUGCUUUUUCUUAGCUAAAAAUGUAUUACUCUCAUUUUGCUGCCUGUUACAUGCAGUCUAUUUGCAUUCUAUACUGGUUGUACUGGUCUGCAUACCUUCCAAUGUAAUUUACUCUGCCUGGUUGCUAAUAAAGCUGUGUUUUGGAGUCA